AAACCAACUCACGCAACAUGCAACAUCUCAUCUUCGGUGAAUGUUUCCCUCCUCCUUGACUUGUGGCCCGUUACAAUCACCUUUUGAAUACAAAGUUUAUUCUGUUUAACAUCUGUCGUGGACGGUGACCAGCCAGUGCUACGCAACCCCUCCUUCUGAGAACCCCUCCUUGACCCCACCAUCUAUCUACUCGGUACUUCCAUUAACAUCACAUCUCCAUCCCAACUUCAAAAUCGUGCACUACAAAAACAAUACCAAUCACAAUCACAAAUCCCAAUCACCAAAGCCCCAAAAAUAUGGCAAACCACCUCCUCCUCAACAAAACCGCCGCCAUCACCGGCGGCACAACAGGCAUCGGCCGAGCCAUCGCUCUAGGCUAUCUCCGCCACGGUUGCAACGUCGCGAUCAACCAUCUCAAUCUCCCCUCGGAUGCUCACCACAAGGACUCGAUGCUCGAGGAGGCGACGAAGAUCAAAGAGGGGGAUCCACAGGCGGGACGCUUGAUCGAGGUCCAGGGGGAUAUCAGUCAACCGGAAACGGGGAAGGCGUUGGUGGAGAGGGCCGUGAGGGAGUUUGGGGGGUUGGAUGUUUUUGUUAGUAAUGCGGGGGUUUGUCAGUUUGCGGAGUUUUUGGAGUGAGUAUUUUUUUCUCUCUCUCGUUUGUUGGGGGUUGUUGGGGGAGUGGGAUGGCUUUUAUGUUGUUGGUUUGAAGGGGGGGUUGGUUUACUUGUUGCAGUAACUUGAGGUGUUCCCAAUACCACAACAUCUCAAAGAUUUAUAUGGAAUACAACUAACAUCACCCAGCCUAGACCACGACCUCUUCUCCCAAACUGUCCGCAUCAACCUCGACGGCGCCUUCUACGCCUGCCAAGCCGCCGCCCGCCAAAUGGCCUCGCAAGGCCGCGGCGGCUCCAUCAUCGCCAUCUCCUCCAUCUCCGCGCUCGUCGGCGGCGGUUUACAAACGCACUACACGCCCACCAAAGCCGGGGUGCUCUCCCUGAUGCAAUCCCUCGCCGUCGCCCUGGGUCCGCAUAAGAUCCGAUGCAAUGCGCUGCUCCCCGGCACCAUCAAGACGCAGCUCAACGAGGAGGAUCUCAAGGAUGAGGAGAAGAGGAGGUACAUGGAGAAGCGGAUUCCGCUGGGGAGAACGGGGGAGACGGGGGAUAUGGUUGGUCCAGCGGUGUUUUUGGGGUGUGAGGAGUUGAGUGGGUACGUUAAUGGGGCGCAGUUGUUGGUUGAUGGGGGGUUGUUUGUUAAUCUUCAGUGA